ACAAGAAACCGGUGAUUGCGCUUCGCUUUCCAUCUUUUCCGUUUUUUCUUAUUUAAUUAGUAUCGUCAAUGGUCAACGACAACCAUCCCAUCUAUAGGCACGGGAGCCAAAGAGCCGACUGACCUUGGUAAAUGGUGGGAAACGGAGACGCUGGCGGCAGCGGCAGCGGCGGCGAGCCGCUGCUUUCGUGCAAGGCAACCUCGUACCUCCGCUCCCUCUCCCGGUCCGACGACGAGCUCAGGGUGUUCCGCUCCUGCCUUCGUUGGAUGUGCGUCGACCAGUCCGACACAUGCCACGCCGUUGUGUCUUGGUCCGUCUUCCUCCUGCUCAGCAUCUUCGUGCCCACGGCGUCCCACUUCGUCCUCAACUGUUUCCCCGGACGCCGCGCCUACGACGUGGCGGUUCAGCUCUCCCUCACCUCCGCAUCCGCCCUCGCCUUCGUCUGCCUCUCCCAUUUCGUACGCCGGUAUGGCCUCCGCCGCUUCCUCUUCCUCGACAAGCUCGUGGGGGAGAGCGAGCGCGUGCGAGCGGGCUACAUGGACCAGCUCAACCGUUCCUUCCGCCUGCUGUCUCUCUUCGUCAUGCCCUGCUUCGCAGGAGAGGUGGCCUACAAGAUCUGGUGGUAUUCCUCGGGGUCGGAGAGGGUUCCUUUCCCCAUCGCCGGGAGCAUGGCGGUCGGGAACGUGGUGGCCUGCGCGCUGGAGCUGGCCAGCUGGAUCUAUCGGGUGGCGCUCUUCUUGUUCGUCUGCGUCCUGUUUCGUCUGAUGUGCUACCUGCAAAUCCUCCGGCUGCAGGACUUCGCCGCUGUGUUCGUGGAGGGAGGCCCGACGUCGGACGUGGCCGAGGUGCUGGGAGAGCACCUCCGCAUCCGCCGCCAGCUCAGAAUCAUUAGCCACCGCUACCGCUCCUUCAUCCUCUACAGCCUCAUCCUCGUUUCCGCCAGCCAGCUCGUUGCUCUGCUCCUCACCACCCGCCACCGCGCCAUCGUUAACUUCAACAACGCCGGCGAGCUCGCUCUAUGCUCGAUCGGGCUGGUGACUGGAUUGCUGAUAUGCCUACGAAGCGCUGCGAAGAUCACGCACAAAGCGCAGGCGAUAACAAGCCAAGCAGCGACGUGGCACGUUUGCGCCACCAUCGAGUCCGACGCGGAGAAUCGGACUUCCGUACCCAGCUGCGACGACGAAUCCGGAGAAGAAGACGACGAGUGCAGGAAGGAUGACGGCGAGGAAAUCUUGGAUGUCGGGAAGAUAACGCCAUGCCACAUGAACAACAUCUCUUACCAAAAACGACAGGCAUUAGUGACAUACUUGGAGAAUAACCCAGCAGGGAUCACCGUUUUCGGCUUCGUGGUCGAUCGGACAUGGCUUCAUGCGUUGUUUAUGAUGGAAUUUUCACUGGUAAUGUGGUUGCUGGGCAAAACAAUAGGAAUCUCAUAGUCCCUCAAAGUUACAGCUCUUUGUUGGUUGCCAUGGACACUCCUACUUCUGUGCACAAUAAUAAAUAAUAAAUAAACAUAGACAAAAGAAAUGGAAAAUGGAAGAAAAGGAACUCAUAUUGUGAGAAUAAAAAUUAUUUUCAUCUGUCCAAACUCCAAGCAAUAUUCCAAACAGCAAAAA